AUGUCAUUGAUCCUGUAAAACUAGUAAAAAAAAAAUGAAGAAAAAAAAGAAUUAAUUGCUAAAACAAUUAGAAAACAAAAACGAAAAAAUCAGUAUACGGUUGAAUUCCCAUUUGGAAGCAAAAUCGACUUAUCUAUUCUAAAAUCAAUAUCAAAAAUUUCUCAAAUUUUACCACCUUCAAUCCCAUCUAACAUAGUCUUUAGACUAAAUUCUAAUAUUUAAAUACCUUAAUCAUUUAAUUAAGAUUAUCAACUUGGAUGUUUAUCAAUUGAUCCUCAUUCAUUUAACUAUAAAGUUAUUAGGUAUGAUAAAUGUUAAAAUUUUCAUAUCUUUCAUUUUGAACCUAUUGAGAGAUAAUAUACACCAGCAUCUGUUAUUAAAGAUUUAUUUGAUAAAUAAAACACUAGACUUGGUUAAGUUUUUGAUAAUUUGCAUUCAACUAAAUUAAAUACAGAAAAAUUUAAGGUAGUAUCGGAAUAAGUAAUAGAUGAAUUUGAAAAAAAAAUCUCAUCUGCAUAUUCGCUUUAUAUUUCAAAAUACAAAGAUGGAACUAUAUCUACAGUAGCAAGAGUUAUGAAUGAUCAAUAUUUAAAAAUGAUAGGAAUAAAUGAAACCAUGAUUUAUGAUUAUAUUACUUCAACAGGAUGUUUACCAUGGCCAUAUCAAUAAACAUAGGAUAAUUAGUGGGAUUAUAAUUUGCUUGUAUUAUUUACUUGCAAUGAAAAAUAAGUUCCUAUAUAGGGACAGGCUGUCAAUUAUAAUGGAAACUUAUUUCCGGUAUUUUUGAAUCAAUAUAAUUAUUAUUUGUAUAACGAAUAGGAAUAAUCUUAUACUUAAUUCUAAUAUUAUAUUUACGAAUAUAAUGAAAAAUGGUCAAAUGAUAAGCAAAUUCGUCAAAAUUAUUUGAAUUAUUAUAACAAAAGACUCGAUACUUUGGAAUAAAUGGAUCCAAAUAUAAUUAAGAGAUGUAAAUAUAAAACUUUAUGA